GGGAAAUUGAGAAGGGGGUAUAUAAUGAUGGUACCCAGUACCAGAGCACUAUGAGGAAACAAAUUAUUUGGUACUUACUUAUAGUUUUAGUAUUGUGUUCAUAGUUGAAAAUCUUUGUUUACUAUAGUUGAUGGUCAUGGUUAAUCAAGAGUUUACAAUCAAAGACAUCCAAAAAGUCCUCAAGUGCACAAAUGGCAAAAUUACAAACAUCAACAUUAGCAGACUAACAGCCCCGGGCGAAAACUACCUUAGCUUAGUCUUCAAAGUGGAUUUUGAAGUUUCAAUAGACAAUGGACUUAGUAAAACAAUCAGUACUGUAGCUAAACGCAUACCAAAACCAGCCAACCAAGAUGGUCUUAGAAUUACUAGCUUGGCAAUGAAAAAUGAAAUCCGAUGGUACCUGGAAAUGGUACCGUUAUUCAAACAAAUCGCCAAUGAAUUUGGAAUUAUGUGCGACUAUUUUCCUAUUUGUUUGGGUUCCAGAUUUAGUUUGGAUCCACUAAAAACUUUUCCAGACGAAGAAGCUAUUUUGUUGCUGGAAAAUUUAAUAGUUAAAGGCUUCAAAAACGAAGACAGAUAUGUAGGCUUCAAUUUGACAUCCAGUAAAGCCUUCCUCAAAACCAUAGCCUCGUUCCAUGCAAUAACUUUGGCAGCAAAAUUCAAAAACCCAAAAAUGUUCCACAAAAUCAAACAAUUCAUGGAUAGUUUACCAAAUCCAGAACCUCCAGCGCUUGGUUGUUUCAAUCCAGAGCGUCUGGUUAUGGAUUUGAUGCUGCAAAUACCAGCUUAAUAUAGGGCCAAAAUCGAGGCUCUAAGGGAGACUGCUUUAGGGCCUCCUGCUUAUAAAGAGGAAAAGGAGCCUUGGAAUACUGUUAUUCAUGGGGAUUUUUGGUUGAAUAACGUUAUGGUGAAGCUAAGAGAACAAAGGGAACCAUUAACCAUGCUACUAGAUUUUCAAUUUUUAGGCUAUUCUUCUUACGCUAUUGAUGUAGUGUUUUUCCUUUUAAUCAGUGUCAAAAGUGAAGUACAAAUCAACCAUUUUGAUGAACUUUUAAGAUAUUACUAUGACCAAUUGACAUCGAUUUUCGUAAAACUCAAUAUUCCAGAAUUGAGGUUGUCUUACCAAGAUUAUUUGGAUGAAGUGAAAAGGAUGGCACUUAAAAGCGAAUGCAGGCACGCGUUUUUCUUUACCACGAUUGUGUACGGGCCUAAAGGUACCGGGCCGGAUUCGCUUUUGGGAGAAGUGGACAUAUUUGAGAAUUUGGAGAAUAUGAUCAAUAAUAUAGGGGAAAUGCAGAGGGAGAAGUUGGGGGUUAUAGUUGAAUUGGCUGCUACGAGGGGAUGGAUUUGAUUGAUGAUAUAGUUUUGAAUAAAAUUGACUUUCUCGAAACAUGUUUUUUUACU